CCCCCCUGCCGAUUGCUGCAAAGAAUGAACUUUGUCUUCAAAUUUCUAGAGUCGUGCUAACACAUCCCCAGCCAGGAAGUUACCAUAAAUCUACUUUAGCACUUGACUGAACCCCCACAUCUAGGUUCACACCUACGCACCAAGUCCAGCAAUCUCCCCCACAUACGAGGUGUUGUGAUGUGCUCUCGACAUGACCUUCUCAUGGCAAAUUCAGCGUCCUCCCGACCGGCCACCUGCCCCAAACGGCAGUUGCCUGUUUCCUGAGGCACCCACGCCUAUUUAAAGCCCGCCUCUCUCCCUCCGUCACUUUCCCUUUCCUUCUAUCCUAGGAAUAUCACUGGACUCAUCCACCAUUAUCAUAUUUAUCCUUGACCCAUACCGUAUUCUACUUGGUUAAUCCCAGCAACUCGCUGACCUCUUCUCAGUGAGCUUUCUCACGACUGCCUCACAUGAGUCCCCGAGCAUUAACCCCGAGAAAGUCCCCUCCCAUCCAAUACAGAAUCCCUCGUCUGAAAAGAACCCUCCUGCACAGCAUGAGCCAACCGGUCGCCAAACGCCGCAAAUUGUCCGCCCCAGAGCCACCACAACCCUCCACAUCCACCCUCAUGAACGAGAAUUUCGAUGCAAUCACCACUUCGUUGCGGGUUCUCCGAUCGCAUAUCAGAAGGGGUCAGUCGCAGAUAAAGGACCUUCAGAAUCGCUUGGACGUAUUGGAGACCCAGCUCGAGCGGUUUGUGGUUUUGGAGGGGGGACAACGCGAACCGAUGGAAUCAAGUCGCAUGGCUGGGGAAAGUGGCUUUGAGGCGGAUUCGGAGCGGAGUUCGUCGCCUGGGAUCUCUGAGAUGAUUGGUACUAAGCAUGAUGAAUUGGAUGAUUAUGCAAGUACCUUUUCGGACAGUGGUUCGGUGUGUUGUUCUUCGAGCACUUGUUCAAAGAGCAAGGGCGAACAUGCGAAGGCGUCGAGCGUGUCAGAGAGCUGUUCUUCGAGCAGCAGUCUCGGUGUCAAAGGGGGGAGUUCGAGGACCAGUUUGGCGGGCAGUUUGCCGAGUGGUAGUGACAGUGACAGCGAUAGCGACUAGUCGUUGUCAUUAUGGUGUUAUCACUGGGUCUUUCACUAUAGAUGUGCUUUAUAUUGCAGGGCUGGCGUUGCAAUUGCUGGGCGCAUUGCUCUUACUUGGCUCAGACAGGCUUGGAUAUGUAUCCUAUUGGCUUGUCAGUAUUCGUAUAUACGGUGAUUCAGCUUGAAUUGAUUAGAGUAUGAUCCUGUUAAUAAUUAAUUGGGCCAUGCCGGCAGUGAGGGCUAAAUUAGUUUCCUUACAUACUCCGCUAGAUCCAUAUAAAUGCAAUAUCUAAUC